GAAAGUGGGUGGCGAUAUCAACGUGGCUGUCAUCAAGCAGACGGAGGGGAAGAGCGAACGAAACCAUCCGUUGAGGAUUGCUUGCUUUAUAUAUAUAUUAAAAAAAGAAGGAUUGCUUGCUUUAUCCAGUCGGACUUGAAAAGUGUCAGUGAAUCACCAGUCUACCGUGGAUUCUGUAGGCAUGAAAACACAACGUCGUUUUUAAAGAAAUUAUUUGAACACUUCAACUCUUUACCUUACAAUUUCGGAUGUCGUAUUGGAUUAAAUAUUUCCCACCUUUUUAGCAACGUAGUUAGCUAGCUAGCAUUUGCUAGUCUGUCUCACAGGUAGAAGAGGGGUCGGUGACAAAGGAGGGGUAAAAGUGGCGAGGUAACUUAACGAUGAAUCGAUUUCGAAAGUGGCUUUACAAGCCUAAGAGGACGGACCCACAGCUCCUGGCCCAGUUCUACUAUGCUGAUGAGGAGCUCAACCAGGUGGCCACAGAACUGGACAGCCUAGAUGGGAGGAAGGAGCCUCAGAGGUGUACGCUGCUGGUCAACCAGUUCAGAUCCUGUCAGGACAAUGUGUUGAACGUUAUCAACCAGAUCAUGGAUGAAUGUAUCCCUGGCGACAGAGCCAACAGAGACUUCUGUGUCAAGUUCCCAGAGGAGAUUCGCCAUGACAACCUGGCUGGACAACUGUGGUUUGGAGCUGAGUGUCUGGCUGCAGGCUCCAUCAUCAUGAACAGGGAGAUAGAGAGCAUGGCCAUGAGGCCUCUCGCCAAGGACCUGACCCAUAGUCUGGAGGAGGUCCGCAACAUCACGCGAGACCAGGCCCUCCGAGACCUCAACUUCUACACAGACCGCAUGAGGGACACGCUGCGCCACUUCGACAGCCUCUUUGCUGAGUUUGAGCUCAGCUAUGUAUCAGCCAUGGUGCCUGUGAAGUCUCCCAAAGAAUACUAUGUUCAGCAGGAUGUGAUUGUGCUCUUCUGUGAGACUGUGGAGAGGGCGCUCAAGCUGGGCUAUCUCAGCCAAGACAUGAUCGAUGACUAUGAACCCGCUCUGAUGUUCACAAUCCCCAGACUAGCCAUUGUGUGUGGUCUGGUGGUGUACGGUGAAGGUCCACUCAACCUGGAUAGGAAACCAGGGGACAUGUCUGAGCUCUUCCGGCCCUUCCGUACUUUACUGAAGAAGAUCAGGGACCUGCUCCAGACCCUGUCAGAGGAGGAGUUGUUGACACUGGAGCGGAGCCUCUGUAUCUCUCAGGACGGGUUCCCCCUAGUCCCCGAGCUUCCCCCUAACCCAGACCCCCUCUCAUCCAGCAGCACCACCGGUGACAUCCCGGAGGAGCCGACUGAGAGCGAGCAACAGGAGGUGCUGUCUCUUUGCAUCUCCCACAUCCAGGAUGAGGAGGACAGGCAGUGGGAGGAGGUGGACAGGGGGGGAGAGGAGGAACGGGGUGGUCUGUGUGAGGAGGCGGAGGAGGCGGACCAGGCCUGCUCCAUGCAAUAUGAUGAGGAGGAGAUUGAACAGCUCAACAUGAUGGUGCACCGCGUGGGGGACGAGAUGUUCACGCUGCUGUCCCCUCCCAGCCAGGGCCAGUCCCCAGCCCACCGCCCCAACAGAGGGGGCUCUAUCGGUGGCUCUAGCACCGAGGCCUCCCCCAUCCGGGUGCUGGUGGGCCAGGGCAGGACAGGUCUCUACCACGAGGAGGAGGACAGAGUCUUCUUCAUGGAGGACCUGGAUGCAGGAGGGGACCUUGUGACCAGCAGUCGUCUAACCUCACCUUCUAACCUCGCCCCUCAGCCCUCUUCUCCUCAGCCCAGCAGGUCUGGCCCCCUUACCGACUCAUCCAGGAAUGGAUGGCCCACUGAAGCCCAGUCAGAUCUGUCCCAGCAGCCCCACAGCCAUCCCUCACAGUGCCCCAGCACCAAGCGACCCAGUCCCAGCCCUGGCCGGGAGCCCCUGCCCUACACUAAUGGCUGGGAGGUGGGCCUGGAGGGGGCGGAAACUGCUGAGGUCAUCGCACACCGCAUGGGAGGGAUGAAGCUAUCGGCCACCGUCAUUUUCAACCCCCACUCCCCCAGCCUGACUGAGAUGGCUGUGGACAAGCUGCUCUUGCCCCGACCCCUCUCCUCCUCAGAGACAGAGCCAUGCGCCCCCCUGGUGGCCACAAACUGCCUGCUCAACUCCUGUGUCUGCUGCGGCAGCUGUGAGGUCGGCCAUGAUGACACCCUCACCAUGGACACGACAGGGCUGGGAAUGGGCCUGGGGUUGGACCAACACUGCAAGCCCCACAGCUCUGUCAUCCAGUCCUCUGCCUGCCGCCUAGCUUCCUCAGGACACGACCUACAUGGGAAAGGGGACUCUCCCCCCUCUGGCUGCUCCUCAGAGCCAGCUCCAGGGGUGGAGGAAGGGGACCAGCACUGUGACAAGUGCCUGGUGGUGGUGGCCCCGGCACCUCAGCAGUGCCUGGGCCAGAACAGGAGCCCCAUUGGGGUAAGGGGAACCCCAGAACCUUGUUCCCACCAGUGCAGGACAGUGAGGAGGCCUCAGGCCAGCGGGGGAAGGGACAGGACGGGGACCAGAGAGGCAGACAGUGAGUCCAAGGAAGAGAUCAAGAAGAACACUAGUUUGUUUCAGGACUCUCCUCUCAGCUCAGUCUCCAGUAGUGACUGUGAGAGUGUGUCUGUCACCACAUGUAGUCUGUCCAGCAGUGCUUACACAGCCAGCCCUGUCAGCAGUCUGACCACGAGCUCGGGGACGUCAGAGGAUCUGGACCAUCAUGAAAUCCAGCUGGCCCUGCAGGCUGCUAAGAUGGCCGCCAGGAACAAGAUCCGCUCGCGCUUCCACAGCAGCAGUGACCUCAUCCACCGCCUCUUCGUCUGCAUAUCGGGUGUUGCUGACCAGCUGCAGACAAACUAUGCCGCCGACCUUCGAAGCAUUCUGAAGACACUGUUUGAAGUCAUGGCUACCUCUGAGCAGGGGGACAAUGACAAGGAGAAGGCAUGUCCAGGGCUUCGCAGUGCUGUGCUGGAGGACUGUUCUCUCUGUCAGGAGACCAUCUCCUCCUCGGAGCUGGCAGCCAAGGCCCUGGAGGGACAGUUUGAAGAUCCCCCAGACUGGGUUCCUGAUGAGGAAUGUGACUCCUGCAUCACCUGUAAGGCCCCCUUCACCGUCAUUCGCAGAAAGCACCACUGUAGGAGCUGUGGCAAGAUUUUCUGCUCUCGCUGCUCCUCCCACUCAGCCCCGUUACCGCGGUACGGCCAGGUGAAGGCCGUCAGGGUGUGUACGCACUGCUACAUGUUCCACGUCACACCGUUCUACAGUGACAAGACUGGCAUCUGACCCCUGCUGUAUCAACCGAUUUCACCCCCCCCAGAGCAACCUUAUCGAUCAUCUUCAUCACACUGCACAGCAAGGCAAGGCUUUGGAAUAAAGAGGACAUGGAUGAGAGGGCAGAGGUGGAACGAGGUCGGAUGUGGAGGCGCAUAAACCACGAUUAGACCCUUUCUGUUGUUUUUGAGAUGCUGCUGCUGCCUGAAAGGGAACCAAAGGGCUUAAUGCUAUGCUGUCCUCCUGACUCGCUGAUGCCUGCCUGCCUGCCUGCCUGCCUGCCUGCCUGCCUGCCUGCCUGCCUGCUUGCCUGCCUGCCUGCUUGCCUGCCUGCCUAUAGAGGCAGAUGAAGAAAAAACUGGAAGUAGGGUUUUGAACAGGCUACUCUGGACCGGUCCAGUGCUUUAGGAACAGCUUCUGGGAAUAUUUGCAGCUGAAGAGGGAGAGAAAGCCUUUUCUGUUUUAUUGCUUGUGUAUAACAAAGGCCUUCUGACAUCAUGUCCUAUGCUUUAGCGGGCUUCCCACACUUGUGCCAGAGCUCUGACAGGGCUCCGAUUACUUUAAAGAAUGGAAGUCAUAAUAAACAUGUAAAUAAGGAUAAUUAUGUUGAUAGUGAUGAUGAUCUCCGCACAACUGAUCUCGCUUGUUUGGCCGCAAUGGCUCUAGAAGUUUUAAUUUUAGUUUGUCAUGUAAUUCCUGAUGCUGUGAGGAUGAGGAGGGGAAGCAAUCCUCAUCAGGCUACCUAAAUAGCGAAGCAACAAAAAAAUAGAUUUUAUGUAUUGAUUCCUACCACGGAAAUUUGUCAAUGUUUUUAACAGCAAUUUAAUUUGUGAUUUAAUUUCAUAUGGGAUUUGUAUUUUAUCAACUGUGUGUCAAAGAUUAGCUGGCCUUUAAUGACAAUGAGGGCUGUGCCCAUUGCUUUUACAGUCACAACAUACAAUGUUUAUUAAAAAAAAAGCUUUUUCUCAUCCCAUCUUUAACAUGCUACUCUGAGAUUUGACAUGGUCACAUCAGUCACUCUCUCAGGCAUUUAAUGCCCUCUGGUGGAGAGACACUUUAACCUCCUACCACACAUCAGUAUCUAUAUUAAUUGAUUGUUAGAAUCAUGGAGUGCAUAUCACCACUAUUUAGAGGUUUAUGAUACCUGUCUCCCAUCAGUUGGUCAAGGCAGCUUUGUUUCCUUCUGAUUGUGCAAUAGUUUUUCCCUCUGUGUAUGUUGUUGCCAAACACAUUUAUCUUAAGUAUAUUUCAACUCUCCCAGGGGUCACACUGAUAGCAAACUUUUCUAGACAGGAUUCACCAAAACCGAGACGAACCUCUACAUCUAAGCAUUGAUGUCCAUUUUCAUGAUCUAAAUUACAUGCCAGCUGCUGCUGCUGUUGCAGAAACAUGUGAUCUGUAGGGAGAUCAGUUAGAAUGUGUUGCAGAUAGUAAGUUAAAUUGAAACUAGACUGUUUUGUUCAUCCUUACCUGGUUAUACAUUAUCCCCAUACCUCUCUGCACAAAGUAUUACUAUUCCCAGUAGAUAACCACUUCCUCUACUCUUACAUCAUGAUUUCUGCCUGCUACCUUGAGUCAUUGCUGAUGUGGAGGGAAAGCUUCACCAUCUAGGUUACAAUGGAGAAUGUGUUUGAGUUGAUGUGGAUAGAGGACUGGUCAAUCUGACAUAACUGGCUCAAACAACCAUGGCCUUCUACGCUUCAAGGCUGCACCAGUUAUAUCAAAUCUGCCCUGAUUUAUAAACUAAUUCUCAGGCUUUAUCUUGUCUAGAUCGCUUUAUACUUCUACACGGUUUAUUUGUAUUGCGGAAAAUUUAAAGACCUUAAAAUUACGUAAUUGUUUUAUAAACCAAAUGAAAUUGUAAAUCUAUAAAUCUAUUACUACUUUUUCAGUAUGGUGCGGUAAUUCAAGGACUGUGUAUCCUAUUACUUCAGAGCUUGUUAUUUUGUAAAGGCUAGCAUAUUUCAGUAAUAAGAGCCAUGUGAAACAUUUGGGAAAACUGAAAGAAUGUUAUUAAUUUUAAAUGCCAUGUAAAUUCAAAUUAAAUGACUUUUUCCUUUGAAUAAAGUGUGUAUCCUAA